AUGCUGUGGGUUGGAUCAAGGUGGACCAAGAUGCCUGUGCUUGUCUGCACUGUAGUCUUGGAGGAGAAGCUGCUGGACCAGGGCCAAGAUUGCUGUGUGUGGGUGACUGUCGAUGCCAUCUCUGUGAAAACCCCACAGGAAGUUAUUCAGGCUACCCGGGGAAAGAGCGCCACCCUUCCAUGCACCUACCAAACCUCUGCUCCUGACCGGAAUGGAUUUAUACUAUGGGACAAACUUCUUAUGAGUCAUACGGAACAGGUGGUCCUCUGGAAUUUUUUGACCGAAACACCCAUGUAUGGUAGCCUUUAUGAGAACCGUGUCAACAUAUCAGGCAAUGCUGGGCAGUCAGACGCCUCCAUCACCAUCAGCCAGGUGACCAUGGACGACAACGGCACCUAUGAGUGCUUUGUGUCGCUGAUGUCAGACCUAUACGGCACCUCCAAGUCACGCAUCCGCCUUCUGGUCCUCGUGCCACCCUCCAAGCCAGACUGCAGUAUCCAGGGAGAGCCUAUCAUUGGGAACAACAUUCAGCUGACCUGCCAAUCCCAGGAGGGCUCCCCAGCCCCGCAGUACAGCUGGAAGAGCUACGACAUCCUCAACCAGGAGCGGCCACUGGCCCAGCCAGUGUCAGGCCAGCCCGUCCUUCUGAAGAACAUCUCCACAGACAUGUCAGGUUACUACAUCUGCACCUCCACCAACAACGUGGGGGUCGAGUCCUGCAACAUCACCGUGUCCGUCAGACCUCCCUCUAUGAAUGUGGCCCUGUAUGCGGGCAUCGCGGGAGGUGUGGCGGCGGCCCUCAUUGUCCUUGGCAUCAUCAUCUACUGCUGCUGCUGCCGGGGGAACAACAAGGCUGAGGACGGGGAGGACGCGAGGCCGAACCGGGCAGACUACCAGGAGCCGCUGGAGCAGCUGAAAGAGUUUUCCAGUGGGAGGAAAGAGGAGGAAGACUACAGGCACGAAGAUCAGAGGAGUUCUGGGCAUGAAUCCCCUGACCACUCUGGCCAGUGA